AUGAAUGGAUGGAUGAUAUUCUUGGAAAUCUGCUGGGCAGUUUCAGUAAUAUGGCCUCUGCCUGCUGAUGGACUGUGUGGUCAAGAUGCAGGUCGCUUAAUUGAGGAUCUUCUUGCCGACUAUAAUAAACUUGUUAGGCCGGUGGAAAAUGACAGUGAUACGCUGAUUGUUCGCCUGAAACUGAAACUUUCGCAACUCCUUGACGUUCAUGAGAAGAAUCAAAUAAUGACGACAAAUGUAUGGCUGCAACACAGCUGGACUGAUUACAAAUUAAAGUGGAAUCCCGCAGAUUAUGGCGGAGUCACUGUAUUAUAUGUGCCUUCCGACAUGAUUUGGCUACCUGAUAUUGUUCUUUACAACAACGCAGAUGGUAAUUACCAAGUGUCAAUAAUGACAAAGGCAAAAUUGUCACCCAAUGGUACUGUCGAAUGGUCACCUCCUGCCAUUUACAAAAGCAUGUGUCAAAUAGAUGUGGAAUGGUUCCCUUUCGACAUACAAACAUGUGAAAUGAAAUUUGGUUCUUGGACUUAUGGUGGCUUAGAAGUUGAUUUGCAACAUAAAGAUUCACAUAUUGAAAGAGCGGAAACAGAAACAUUGCUUGGCUUUGAUGGUCAUUAUGACGAAACUGUUUGGAUUGUUAAUGAAGGAAUUGACUUAAGUGAUUAUUAUCCAAGUGUUGAAUGGGAUAUACUUGGCGUGCCGGGCAAACGCCAUUUAAAAAGAUAUCCAUGCUGUGAAUCACCUUUCAUUGAUCUGACAUAUGAGAUACGGUUGCGACGCAAGACGCUGUUUUACAUCGUCUACUUGAUCUUCCCAAUCGUUAGCAUUAAUUUUUUAACGGUGCUAGUGUUCUACUUGCCUUCAGAUGGCGGUGAAAAAAUAUCACUUUGCCUCAAUAUACUCAUUUCACUCACUAUAUUUUUCUUAUUGCUUGUGGAAAUAAUACCAUCAACUUCACUUGUUAUACCUCUUAUUGGUAAAUAUCUAUUAUUUACAAUGGUGUUGGUUACUUUAUCUGUUAUUGUAACAGUUAUAACACUGAAUGUGCACUUCCGAUCUCCCUCUACUCAUACAAUGCCAGAGUGGACUAAACGAAUUUUUAUCGAAUUUUUACCCAAAUAUCUUUUAAUGAGACGACCAUCACCAAUAAAAAUCAUCAGAAACAGCUCUACUAACACGUUCACUAUUCCCAAACGCCACGACAGAAAACUGUUAAACUUCAGUCGACCACGUGACCACACAGUUUCCGCUUUAUUUGAUCAGAUGGAUUUCUUAUCUCCGGCUUAUCGAUCAUCAUUUUGUACAAUGAGAAGUCAUGACGGUAGCAGUUUCGCAAGCUUCCAAAAAGAACUUACACCAGUGAUGAGCGCCGUUGAUAGUGUCACAUUUAUUGCCAGUCAUAUGAAGGAUGAUAAAAAUGGCCAACAGAUAAUCGAGGACUGGAAAUAUAUAUCCGUUGUGAUGGAUCGAUUGUUCCUCAUACUAUUUACAACAGCUUGUAUGAUCGGCAGCAUUCUCAUCAUACUACGGGCCCCAACCCUUUAUGAUACAACUAUUGCAUUGGCAUAA